AUGACGGACACCGAGUUGGCGACUAGAGCUCCCGAGAGCGAUGCACAGGAAACCAACACACCCUCUCCCAGCGAUGAGUCUCCUGCUGCUACUGCUGCUCCCGCUGCCCCUGCUCCCGCCCCCGCAAACCCGACCUUGAGCGAUCACUGCACAUCUAAUCGCCCAACUCCCGCUGGCCAGUCUUCCACGGGGGAGAUCACCAAGCUGAACGAUGUCGACGUCUACAUCUCCAAGCCCGCCGACUACCCGCACACACCCUCCCGAUUACUACUCCUCCUAACGGGUGGCACCGGCCUGCACAGCAUCAAUAACCAGAUCCAGGCGGACCGCUUCGCGACCGAAGGGUACGUGGUCGUCAUGCCGGACCUGUUCGGGGGCGACCCGGCGCCCAACAGCACCGCGGCCGCCGAGGUUGCCGCCGAGUCCUCGACGGGUUCCUUCCUCGACACCUUCAAGAUCAAGGCCGUCGAGACGGCCAAGAGCUUCCUGAUUGACAUGUGGCUGGCGCGCCACACCGAGGAGAAGGUGAUGCCGAUCCUGGAGCGGGUACUCGAGGGCGCGCGGGACGAGUUCGCCGACGCCGUCUCGCACGGCGGAGGGGUCUACGCGGUGGGGUACUGUUUCGGGGCGAGGUAUAUUUUGUUGCUGGCUGCGGAGCGCGGCGGAAAGGGCCCGGGGCAGGGGCAACAGGGGGAUGAGGAGGCGAACCAGCCGGCGACCAUCCCGCCGCAGAUCAAGGCAGGCGCGUUGGCGCAUGCGACGCUGGUGUCGAAGUCUGACUUUACCGGGUUAAAGGCGCCGCUAAGUGUGGUUUGUGUGGAGAACGACCCGAUGUUUCCGGACGAGGUGAGGAUUGCGGGAGAGGAGUACAUGAGUGAGAAUGGAGUCGAGCACGAGGUGCAGGUUUACCCAGGGGUACCGCAUGGUGAGUGCAUAUCCAUCUCGUGUGGGAGGACUCCGCUAAUGAGAAACAGGCUUCGCCGUUGUGGGAGAUUAUCAGGACGCCAACAUCAAGUCUGCGCAGGUCACGGCGUUUGA